AGCAAAUCUCCAAAUCGAGACAUGAUCGCCUCGAUGCCCUCGAUCUUGUACUCGAUCCCGCGGCUUUCAAUUCGUCGAGCUGGCGGGGCGCGCGCCGGAGGCCCAUGGCGGCCAAGCGAAAGUGGCCAGCAGGCGGCCAUCAUGAGGCUUCGAGGCGCAUCCGUGGAAAGAUGCGAGACCCGCACCAAAAGGACGGGCCGGAGCCACACAUAGUACGGCAGCCCAUACCAGCACUACUCGCCAUGCAGCGGCGCAUACGGCGAAAGAUGCCGGAUCCGUUGCGCCAGGCACCAGCCACCGAAACGCGGCUCCGGCGGUGCCGGCGAAAGAUGCCGGAACUUUGGGAGGUGGAGCACAGGGAGUUAGCAGAGCAUGACCAGCCACUUGCGCCAUCUUCUGCACCCGCAGCGGGGCUCUUCGUUCGGGCGGCCAGCGCCAUGACCCCGAGCAUGUCGGGACCUAUGCCCUGCAGACAGGAGCAGCAGAGCCAGUUGUUUGCACACUUGUGCUCGGCCAUCCGCACGAAGGGCUCCAAGAAGGUGCUCUACGUCUCUGGGAUGCCAGGCACCGGGAAGACGGCCUCCGUCCUGCACAGCAUCCGCGCGCUGGCUCAACAGCACGACCUGCGGAGGAAGUUCAUCUUCCUGCAUGUGAAUGCCAUGUGUUUGGGAAAGCCGCAGGCAGUGUAUGGCGAGAUUUGGCGCCAGCUCAAGCACGCAGGCUUGGUCGCUCGGAGCCGCUUCGUGUCCUCCUGCGCGGCACCACGCGAGGUUGAGAGCUUCUUCUUGCACCGCAAGAGGGAUGAUCCGGU